UAAGAGUACUCAUAUUGGUUGGUGAUCAUAUCAUAAUUCAUACCACAAAAGUCAAGCUAUCUUGAUAAGGGGAUAAAGGAAGUUAAGGCACAAAGUAUUUUUGUGAUCCAUUUUUAGAGAGAAAGAGAGAGAGAGAGAUGGAAGGAGAUAAGGGUACAGUAUGUGUUACAGGUGGUACAGGGUAUAUAGGAUCAUGGAUGAUCAUGAGGCUCCUUGAUCAAGGUUACCAUGUUAGAACCACCAUUCGGUCUGACCCAGAGAAUAAGAAAGACAUUAGCUUCCUUACAAGUCUACCAGGAGCAUCAGAGAAACUCCAAAUCUUCAAUGCAGAUCUCAGCGAUCCAGAGAGUUUCAAUGCACCCAUUGAAGGAUGUGUAGGUGUAUUUCAUGUUGCCACUCCUGUUGAUUUUGAAGACAAAGAACCUGAAGAAAUAGUAACCAAAAGAACAAUCGAUGGAGCACUAGGUAUCUUGAAGGCGUGCCUGAAUUCCAAGACUGUGAAGCGAGUUGUGUACACUUCUAGUGCAUCAGCAGUUCUGUUUAAUGGCAAGGAUGAAGAUGAAAUGGAUGAGAGCUUUUGGUCUGAUGUAGAUCUAAUUAAAUCCCUAAAGAACUUUGGAGGUUCUUACAUGAUUUCCAAGACAUUGACCGAAAGGACAGUUCUUGAAUUUGGAGAAAAACAUGGAUUGGAUGUGGUAACCAUAAUUCCUCCCUUUGUUGUUGGACCCUUCAUUUGUCCCAAGUUUCCUGGCUCAGUUCGAACAAUAUUGUCUAUGGUCUUGGGUGACAAGGAUCAAUACAGUCAUCUAUUGAAUACUUCUAUGGUCCACGUAGAUGACCUGGCAAGAGCAAAUAUUUUUCUCCUUGAAUGCCCAACUGUGAAAGGAAGGUACAUUUGUUCCUCAGUGGCCAUAACACUCCAAAGGAUGUCUGAAUUUCUUACUGAAAGAUACCCAGAAUUUCAAAUACCAACACUAGAUUACUUGAAGGAAAUUAAAGGUUAUAGAGUAGCGGGUCUCUCAUCAAAGAAGCUCUUAGAUGCCGGCUUCAAGUACAAGUAUGGGCUCAAUGAAAUGUUUGAUGGAGCCAUUCAAUGCUGCAAAGAAAAGGGGUUUCUCUAGUUCAAUGCUCAAUGAAAAUUAUGGGUAAGGCGUGCGGUAGUCUGGCAUUGAUUUAUUCUCACUCUGUUGUCUAAUGUAUAAGUUCUUUUGCAAUUUGUAUAACAGUUGCUAGUUUCAUCUUUUAUUGCUACUAGUCGCAGAACCGCGCGAUGUAUGAGAAUAAAUAAUAAUUUGUAUCGUUAUAUAAUGUAUAAUUCUUUUUCUAAAA